UGGUGGACAAUGGCUAAGUUAUUAAUUGUUGCUAUCUUCUGCUCAGAUUUGGCUGGAUCUGUCUCUAUUUAUGGGCCAGUGUGGACUUAUGAUGAUGAAAGUUCAUGGCCCGGUGCGUUUUGCAAAAAGGGUGUGAAAAGACAGUCUCCUAUAGACAUACGGACAAACGAAGUGAUCCGUGACUUCGAGAAGCAGUUCAUUAAGUAUGGAGAGCUGAAUUUCACAGGAUAUGAGUCUGUUUUGAUGACCGGGAUCAAUAAUGGUCAUACUAUCCAAUUCAGCACAGACGGCGACAACUCCAUGCACCCGACGCUCACGGGCGGUCCUCUCAAGCAUCGGUACAGGUUGGAGCAGUUCCACUUUCACUGGCUUUCCGAACACGCGAUCAAUGGAGAGAAAUUUCCAAUGGAGAUCCACUUCGUCCACGUCCGUUCAGACCUAAAGGUGUCAGAAGCACUCAAAAAGAGGGAUGGGUUGGCUAUCAUCUCUGUAUUUUGUAACGUAAAAGCAGAUAUAACAGUAGAAGAAGAAGAGCCUUCGGAAGAAUUGAUUCAAUACAUUCCCCAGUUGAUGAGAACAGCUGAUAGGAUCAGUGGCGUUCUCAUUGAUAUCAGAAAGCUGUUAACUCCAGACAAACGCUCAUACUACACGUAUUUGGGCUCACUGACAUCCCCUGAAUGUAACGAGGUGGUGGUGUGGAUUAUAUUCAUGAAGCCUAUUCAAAUUACAGAUGCAUUGUACCGCAUAUUCGGCAAAGUGGGUGUCGGCCGGCACAACUUCCGCAGCCUGCAGAAGGUGUCCCACCACCUGGUCUUCCAGCCGCCCCCAGAGAUGAUCACCACCCCCAAAGCUGUGAAGGUGCUGAACAACGCGGUGCGAGUGAUACGCGACUUCUUUCAUAAUGUUACGAGUUUCGUCUCAAAAGGAUUGAAAACAAGAUAAUAAGAAGCAGUGCUUUUAUUGUUAAGUUUAAAAUAAAACGAUUUAUGUUAAA